UCUGGUUCUCUGUCAACCAACAGGUUUAUGCUUCCCUGUUGUCAGCAGCCAUGAGGUUCUGGCUUCUGCUUUCUGUUGCCUGUCUACCCACAAUCUGGGAGAGUUGGGAGGAGAUGCUGCCUAUGGGGCCCGGGUAGGAAUCCCUGGCUUCCUCUAGCCUGGAUGACUACCUGAGGUCCAUUUUGCAACUGGCACAGCCCACCUCAGAGCUGAACGAGGCUGCAGCCAGGGUCCAACCCAGCAGACCCCACUGGCCAGCCCAGGAAUGUGAAAAGAAGAGCCCUGCUGGGUCCCUGCAGGACACCACUGUUUGCUUCAGCAGCCAGCAUCCCCCACUGCCUGCAGCCAGUAUCGGAGAUCCCCUGGACUGGCUUUUUGGUCAGGAAAAGCAGCAGAGAUGGAGGGACCUGCCAAGGAGGACUGGUCCCUGGGGUCCUCACAGACAGAUGGAUAGAAGCAAAGACUGGGGGACACUCAGAGGGAAACUCUGUGAUCCUAGGGCACCUGGGCACUAUCUGGUGAGACCGCUAAUGGACUGGAACCACGGCCCCCACACUUCCUGGCAAACCAUCCGGGCUGCAGCCUCCCCGCCAAGCUUCUGCCCCAGCAGUGUUCUCAGAUCCCUCUAUUUGCAUCUCCCAGUUACCCAUGAACUCUGA